AUGAAAGCUUAUACAACUCGAAAUGCUCUAAAAACAGUCGUCGAAAACUUCCGAAAACCUCGCCAACUUUUCAUGUAUCAUCCAAUCAAAUUUGAAAUAAAUGGAACUUUCCCAACUACUCGAACUGAAUUGUAUUCGAAAAAUAUCAAUGGAACAACUUAUUGGUUGGCUAAUAUGAGCAAUGAUUUGGACAAGGAUAAACAGAUAUUCACGCAUGAUGGAAAGUUCCGAGAGGAGGACUUUUUGACGGUUUUUGAUGAGUUUUGCAAGAAAUUGGGAUUGUUUGUGAGUACGACGAAGACGCCAUCAACUGUUGCGGAAAAGUGCUAUACGGAAGCGGUGAGUGCGGAAAGGGAUCGAAAUUUGGACGAAAAUUCUAAAGCGGGUGUGCAAGUUAGCCCCAAUGAAAUUUAUAACCCUGCAAAUCUUCAAAAUAUUCAAUCAUUCCAUUUUCCAGAUCUCAAAAUAUAUGUCAAAAAAGAACAUUGGCGCGAAAGUCUCUAACAAAUCCACCCACUUUUUUGCCAUGAACGAGAGUCAACUCUUCAAAUAUCGAAACUACGAAGGAGCCUCUGAUCUUCCCGAUGGAUAUUCAAUCGAUAUUCCAAAUCCAACAAAACACGCCGAUAUGAUCUCAAGCACUUCCACUGAAACAACUGAGCUAAUCACUGAAAAAUUGCGUAGAUUCCCUUCGUUGUGUGUGAAAAAAGGCGAUGAAUUGGCCGGAAUUAUCUCAUCGAAUUCACACGGAGCACUUGCACAUUUAUACGUUUCUGACAAUCAUCGCGGCAAAAAUUUGAGUGAGAAAUUGGAGAUUGGCGCGGCGAAAAUGGCAAUUGAGAGUGGUAUUAGACCUUGUAAAUUUAUCGAUACUUCAAAUCAAUUCUACCUCGAGAAAACAAAAAAAUCCAAACUUAUGGAUAUUGUUGAAUCGAAUGGAUCACCUAUUAUUGUUGAUCAGAAUACUUAUCAAUUAUCAAAUGGCUACGCAACACUACAAUAA